AGUAGGAAGAAAAGGGGGCAGAAAUCCACAUUUUAGGGUUUGCAGAGGAACUGAAACAUGAUUGAGGUGGUGUUGAACGAUCGGCUGGGGAAGAAGGUUCGGGUGAAAUGCAACGACGACGACACGAUUGGCGACCUGAAGAAGCUGGUGGCGGCUCAGACGGGAACGCGCGCUGACAAGAUCAGAAUCCAGAAAUGGUACACCGUCUAUAAGGACCACAUCACCCUAAAGGACUACGAGAUCCACGACGGCAUGGGCCUCGAGCUCUACUACAACUAGUCCCCAAUCCUCACUACAAUAAUCCCUCCGGAUGGUCGGGGAUGAUGGACAUAUAUAUAUGUAUCCAGCUGUCCACUUGAAGAAUGAAUGGAGAUCAUCAUCGUGUAUAUUUUCCUGAACUUUUGAGGGCACUGCUCUUUAUAAAAAUGUAUAAAUUGAUGACCAUCUCAGGUAUCUUAUCGCGCAGGUAUUGCACUUGAAUACCAUUUAUUUGAUCAAGAUUUAAUAUGACUAGUUUGGUA